GAGGAAGUCUAUGAGCUUUGUUUAAAUUUGGUGUUUAAAUUUAUGCAUUUAACCGUAUACCAGGAGUAAUUUUGGUGUCGGUGAGGUGCCUGGGCUUAUCAACAUGGAUUUAGCUAGUAGCGAGGAGGACUAUAAUCAGACGGACAUAUCGACGCCAGUCACAGAUAUACCACAUCGUAUAGAAGGGCUGGCAAGAUCUGUCAUCAUACCGUGUGUAGUGUUUACUUGUAUUCUUAUUGCUGUUCCCCCGUCUUUAGCAAUUGCAUAUCGUGUUCGAAAACGCACUAACGGAGUUUCCGUUCUCGGAAGGUUUUACUUUUUAAGUCGAUCGUCAAUCGUUUCACCAGAUUCAAUUGAAUUGGGCAAGACUGAAAUCAAGAGCUUUCGAUCCAAUGACCAGAGAGAGACUGGUCUGAAUACAGGGCAUGUGUCUCUUGAUACAGUGUGUGAAUUUAUUGAUGAUGCUAGCAAAGAGAAACCAGGUGGUGCUGCUAGUGCUGGGGGUGCUGAGCAAGCACAAUCCUGCGUCAAGAAGGCAGAAUUAUGGAAACAAACUAUGUUAGACUCGCAUGAUUAUGAUCAACAUGCUUUUUCUCUUCCGUAUUUUCGUGCUGGUAUUUUUGACAAACAUGGUGGCGAGUUACAUUUUAAAGAAGCUGGAGUUUCGCUGUUGAUACCACCUGGUGCUAUCCAACAGACAACUCCUCAGUUAAUUUACAUAUAUUUGCAUAACGAUAGAAACGACAGUUUAUUGAUCAACUCAAACAUGAUGGCAACAAGUCCUGUAGUUUUCUGUGGUCCAUCUGGAAUGAAGUUUAACGAAAGAGUCGUUCUAUCCUAUCAACAUUGUGCGAAUAUUAAAAAUAAUAAUAUGAAGCUGAUUACGUUGCGGACAGAAACUGAACCCGAUCAGCCUCCAAGUUUCCACAAUAUUACUGACGACAACGAUUCAAUGACACUUAUAAAAGGCAACACGGUUACGUUGUUGUUACCUCAUUUCACUGGACACACAAGUGUUCUGCAAUGGGAACAGAAUGAAGAAACUCUACCUAUAGUUCAAGAAAAAUGGCUCGAUUUGAUGCUUUUUUCAUCUGAAAUAAAUGAAGAUGAUUACGAUUUGCAAGUUCGUCUGUACUGUGCCAACCAGACUCCAGAUGCCAGACAUCUCGUCUUGGAAGAUGAACGCCUCUUGAAAGGUUCGAUGUGCUCACCUACAACUCCCUUCCUCUUUGCACAUGCCAGUGACUUAAAUGUUCUCCUCGAAGCCGAUGGAGAUUGGACUGUCUAUGGAGGAAAAAUGAAACAGUCGAUUGCCAGAAAAUGUUUAGUAGAGAACGUUCGAGUUCCUUGUGUAUAUCGACUAGAGUACGAUGAUAAGAAAACAGUGACGUCAUUGAAAUGCCAAGUUCACGUGGCUCAAGAUGGACGAGAAUCUCAGGGGAAAAUAAUUGAUGUCCUAGUUAGAAAACAGAAAUCGGCAACUGAUGAGAGGAGAUCAGGUACCCUACCACAUACCAGACUUGUUCGAAGACGCCUUCUAUUGCCUUACCCUCUUCGAGAAUCCAUUCGACAGAAGUUAGAUAUAUACAGUACACUCGGUACCGACUGGAGAUAUUUAGCCUAUAGUCUUGGCUAUGACGACUGCAUUCAACAAUGGGAAGAACAAUAUCGUCAACGCCUUAUUUUUAGUCCAACCAAUGAACUUUUAAAUAUAUGGGAAGCAAGGAGAUCAGGCGAUCGGACACAUGACAUUGACGAACUGAUAGGGAUUUUUGAGGGUAUGGACAGAUUAGACGUGAUAUCAGAAAUAAAAACAUGGAAUUUGAUACCCUCAGGUCGAACAAAAUAAGAUUAAUUCAACGAAGCUUAAUUUUUUCAAUGGAUGAUUAAUUUGAUCCUAUUAAAUUGGAUUAAAAAUAUAUUCAUCUAUAGGACUCAUAUUGUACUCUCUGUAGAUUAUAUUAGGUUUAUUUUCUACAGAUAGAGGCUUAAUUUGGUAAGAACACGUUCAGAAUAU